CGCUGGAACGGCCUCCAGCAGAUAUUUCCUUCGCCGUCAUGUACUUGCCAAACUCGCGGCAUUUCUCAGCGCGAGGUCUUGAGCUCACGAGUGAAUUAUCUGCAAGUGUGAAAAGGUGAAAUUGGAAAACGAAAUUGGAGUCUUGAGGGUUUUAUUUUUGAAGUGAAAAUCGACAUCGGAAAAUGGAUCCUGCUGGGCGUGCACGAGGUCGUUCACGUGGUAGGGGUCGUGGAGAUGAAGUAGAAACGACAAGGAGACCUGACUUGGCUCAGCAACAUGGAAUCGCGCCCUAUUCAACACAGCCACCACACUUGGCUGGACGGUCAAGAGGAGGUAUGACACAGGAAUCCGAAGGCCGAGGUCAUGGACCACCAUCUUCAUUCACUAACACAUCUGGAUCAGGGGGUCGAGCUACAAGUGGCUCCUCAAGUAGAGAUACGCCUCAAGAACCAUCUUAUGGUCCAAGUGUACCUGGUGGUGGACGAGCUUCAUUGGCCCCUCGUGGUGGUCCAGCUGCACCUCCACAGGUUCCUUCCGCUCGCGCACCCCCACCAGGUGUAGUAGCCCCAAGGGCCUCUGGGGAUGCUGCUGCCAGCAUGGGACGGGGUGCUAGUCGUGGACGCGAACAGAGGGAUGUGCAGAUUUAUACUCGCCCUUCGGCUGAAUUUGUUAAAUUAGGAAAAACGGGAAGUCCUCUCCCAGUGACUUCGAAUUAUUUUGAGCUUAUCAAGAGGCCAGAUAUGCACUUGCUUCAGUAUCGUGUUGAUUUCACUCCUGAUGUUGAUCAUAUUGGUGUUCGUAAAGCCCUCAUCCGUGUUCACGAAAAUGUGCUCGGCAAGUAUCUUUUCGACGGCACUCUACUGUAUAAUGUUACUCGUCUAGCACAGCCACUGGAACUGCAUUCCAAACGCGUCUCGGACGAUUCUGAUGUUAUGGUCAGUUUCCGUCUUGUCGGAGAAAUUCACAAAGAAGACGCUACCUACACUUCGGUCAUGAACAUUAUUUUACGCCGUUGCCUUGGCAUGCUUAAUUUGACUAUGUGGAAACGUGAUUAUUAUGACCCGGCAGCCUUGACUGAAAUUCCGCAACAUUUCUUGAACGUAUGGCCCGGCUACCUGACUACUAUCCGACAUCACGAGGAUGGAUUUCUUCUUGGUGUAGAGAUCAUCCAUAAAGUUUUGCGUCGAGAUACUGCCUUAGAUGUUAUGGAUAGAUUGCGUCAAUCUGGGGGUGAUAUUCAGGCACUGUGUAAGGCGGAACUGCUAGGAAAAGUUGUCAUGACGCAUUACAACAAAAAAACUUACCGAAUUGACGAUGUCGACUUCACCAAAAACCCCAGAUCAACCUUCCACCUGCGCAAAGAAGACCGUGAUGUUUCGUACAUGGAAUAUUACCAGACGCGUUAUAGCCUUUCGGUGAGGAAUGCUUCCCAGCCAAUGUUAGUUUCACUCCCUUCACGACGAGAUAAAAAUCGAGGCGACGACCAACCAGUGUACCUCAUUCCAGAACUGUGCGGCAUGACGGGUCUCAGUGAUGACCAAAAAAAAAAUUUCAAUUUGAUGAAGGAUGUCGGUAAUAUUACGCGAGUUAUGCCAGAUAAACGUGUUGAUGCCCUCAUGAAGUUCCGCAAACGACUGGCCGAUAAUCCAAAGAUUCAAGAAGAGCUUAACAGUUGGGGUCUCGACUUUGCCAAAAAUAUUGUCUCUUGCAAUGCGCGUAUUAUUCCUGCUCAAACGAUUCAACAGGGUGGUAACAGUUUUCCAACACAAGAAGGAGACUGGAGUCGUAAUAUUCAGCGAUCCAGGAUGUGUGUGUCAGUGGAAUUACAGGAUUGGGUUGUAUUUACGCCGUCAGCAAUGAUGCAAGAAAUCACACCCUUCGUUAAUAUGAUGAAGCAAGUUGGAGCUCAACAGGGUUUUAAUAUCCCGCAACCUGAAUAUAUUAAUAUGCAAAUGGACCGUACGUCAAACUACGUCGAGGCUAUUCGAGCGGAAUGUGGUCGAAAGCAAUUCAGCCUUAUUUUUUGCGUGUUGCGUGCUGCACGAGCAGAUACGUAUGCUUCAAUCAAGAAGAUGACGAUCUCAGAAUUCGGCAUUCCAUCUCAGGUGAUUACGGGAAGAAAUAUCAAGGGACAGCCAGGUAAGCUCAUGUCAAUCGCCACCAAAGUUAUGAUUCAAGUUGCUUCGAAGUUGGGUGCGGAACCUUGGAGAGUUGCAGUCCCCCAGACGAAAUGGAUGGUUAUCGGCUAUGAUACGUACCACGAUGCACGCCAAAGAAAAGCUGUCGGUGCAUUUGUUGCAUCCAUCAAUCCGACCUUCUCGCGUUACUAUUCUUCUGUGAAAAUUCACGAAAACAAUGAAGAAAUUUCACCCAGCUUCAAAGAUCAUCUCUUUGGCGCACUCAAAUCUUAUUACAUCAUGAACGAAAAAACAUUGCCGGAAAAAAUCAUUGUCUACCGUGACGGUGUCGGUGCUGGAGACAUUGCGCGACUAAAGGAUACGGAAGUGGCGGCACUGAGGGAGGCUUGUUCCGAUGCUGGUGCUCGAACAAAUUACCUCGGGACUGGUGUGUAUAAUCCACCCAUUGCAUUCAUUGUCGUAAGCAAGCGGAUCAACACGCGAUUUUUCGCCAUGGGACAACGUGGAGCGAGCAACCCGCCUUGCGGCACGGUUGUCGACAAUAAAGUGACGCUCAAUGAGAGAUUCGACUUCUUCCUGGUGUCUCAAAAAGUUACGCAAGGUACCGUUUCUCCCACCAGCUACAAUGUUAUUGAAGAUGACACUGGAAUCGCCCCUGAUAUCCACCAGCGACUGGCUUAUGCUCUUACCCAUCUUUACUACAAUUGGCCUGGUACCCUGCGUAUUCCAGCGCCCAUCCAGUAUGCGCACAAGUUGGCGUACCUUGUUGGUGAAUCAAUGAUGACGCAACCGCAUGAAGGACUGAAUCGACUUCCUUAUUACCUUUGAAUUACCUUUCAUUUAUUUUCUCCCUUAAGUUUUGUCAUUUUUAACGUAUUAAUUUGUUCACUCACAAGAAAAAAACUACAAGACGACGAGACAUGCCUCACUCGCACGAUUUUCGAAAGACGCCAAAAAUAUUUUUCUUGAGUUUGUUUGCAAUGGCGGAUAUCGACAAUGGAAGUGUUUUUCAUGCAAUUUUUUUUUUCUGUUUCACCUUCAUGGGCCAUGUCAGAAGUGUGAUAAUGUACGCCCCUUUGUGCCAUGUUGUAUGUAAUCAAGGAAUGAGUAAUAAACCUUUGUUUUUAAAUGAA